UGGAUGUUCUUGAGAACUGAAAAAAGAGUUUUUUUGUUAUUAUAAUUUAUAACACGAACAUAAAUAAUGGAUCAAGGGGUGUCUGUGAGAGACGAGGAGAGUAGUUUAUCUGAAAAUGGCGACACCACUUUUGAUCGAACUGACGAAACUGACGAGAUAAAAGAUAUUAAAAAAGAGAAGUUGGAGAAAAAUAUAAGCGAGAAUAGUAGAAAAGGGAAAAGGGACUUGAAAACGUCUAUGCGAGCUGGAGAACAACAAACAAAAGUAGUGAACGAAAACAUUGAGAAAGUCGAAAACCAUUUUCCCCACAUUGUCCAAGAUAUUAAUUUGUAUACCGUGCGUUCGGCGAAAUUACGAGAUGCGGGUGAUAACUUCGCGAAAUCUUUGCAGGAUUAUGCUGUAUCUGAAACACCGGUGUUACGACAGGGUUUGAGCGCAUUCGCAGAAUGUUUUGCCUCUGUACAAGAUCAUAGAAACGUGCUAGUAAACCGCCUCGAGAAUAAGGUUGUUCAGGCGUUCUCCGUGUACGAAACGAAGUGUAAGCAAGCCAAGCUGGACGUGAAGCAGCACACCGUCGCGCAUUCGAAAGAAUUAAACCAACACAAAUCUUUCGAAAGAGUGAAAACGAAAUCAACACAACAAUUUCAAUUAGCAAAAGCUGAAGCAAAAUACAAAAAAGCGGCUGAAGAAGCCAAUAGAUCUGCGCAAAUACUGGACGACCAAGUUUCUGACUUUGAACGACAAAAAACUCGCGACUUAAAAAAAGUGUUUGGAGAAUUUAUGUUAAGCGAAAUGUUGUUUUAUGCAAAAGCAUUAGAAAUUUACACGCGCGCGUAUCAAGAACUUAUGGAAGUAGACGAAGAAGAAAACGUUGAACAACUUCGACAAUCGAUGAAAUGGGCACCUCAUCAAUUCGCCAAUCAGAUCCCUCAGAACAGCAUGUACACAUCAGCACCUACUUUGAUGCAGCCGUCCAACACGCAACAGGCUGGUUCGUCAGCAUCAAAUCAAAGCUUGGAAAGAACUAUGUAAAAGUUAUUUUAUUAUUUAUAUAUUUAUUUUUAAAUCUUAACUGGACUAUUCGUAUCUCGAAUAUUUUGGUGCUCAAACUAAUUUAUCGGUUCAUUUGCUGUCGGAGGUGUUUUUUUCGGACUCAAGAUGGUAUAUAUUAAAGUGUUAUGUUUCCAAGUUUUUAAUAUAUACAUAUAAUUAAUAUAUUAUUCGCAGUUUAUUAUAUAUAAUAUUAGAUACCUUAUUUGUACAAAUUUGUGGAGAAUAUGUGGGAAAGUUGGCGCAGUAUAUGGUAGUACACGAUUUAUUAUAUAUUUUUCUUCCAAAGUUUAAAUUUACUUUUGAUAAAGUUCUUUUUCCUUUUUUUUUCCUGUUUUUGAUUUUUUGGUCCCCCUUAAAAGUAGACUGGGCACUAGGAAAUUUCUGAACGCGAGUAAGAUACUGGAGCGGAGCUCAAUCACACGGCAGUAACCAGACUAUCUCUUCUUCUUAUGACUAUGUUGUCUGAUAACACUUCAGUCUAAUUUUAGAUAGUUUCGUCAAAUUAAAUCAUGAUCCGUGUAAAAAAUUAUACGAAUAAUGUGUUGGUUAUAAUUGCAUUGAGAAGAACAGAACAAUCGAAAUGAUUACUCUUCUAUACGUUUCCAACGUAUGCCGUUUUUAUUUGAAUUAGUUCGUACUUAAGUU